GACUCGGAGCGGGGUGUGGCUGCGCACGGAUAUCAUAGGCGACAGGCACUGACUAGGGUACUGCGGCGUGGGAGUUGCUCGGUCCAGGAUGUUUGCAGGAUUUGGGAGCUCGCCCGUGACCAGGGGGAUCUUGGCGUCCACCCUCGUGGCGUCCGCUGUCCUUCACGCGAGAGACCCGGACGGUACCCUCAACGUCACCCUCGAUGUUUGGCGGGUGCUGACCGAGGGUGAGAUUUGGCGGCUUCUCUCCUGUCAUACUGUGUGCACCAGCAUGGGGCCGUUGCUAGCGAGCUCCCUUUCUCUUUACCGCCUCCGUGCGCUGGAACCCUUGCUCGGGUCGAAGAAAUUCGGGGCAUUCGCGGCAGUAACCUCUGCUCUAGCUCUGCCUUUCGAAGCCACCGCUGGGGUCUACUUCGGGACUGUCAGACUAACCCCCGGGCCCAUCCCGCUGGUGUUCGCGUUGUUGGUGGUGUACUACGCCAUCGUGCCCCCGUCUAAGCCGCGGUAUUUCGGGGUCCUGGGUCUGGACUUCUCGGAUAAGGCAUUUACGUUUGUGGUGGCGGGGAUGUUGGCGUCGUGCGAGGGGUGGGAUUCCAUCGUCCCCGCCGUCUGCGGGGCGCUGGUGGGCGGGCUCUACCUCAUGGAUACGAUGUCGAUCCAGGCGCUGCGCUUUCCCAACGUCGUCCACCGAUGCUUCUCUAGGUUACCGUUUAUGUCAGGUCGAAGAGGAAGCCCCUUCCCAGGCGGUGCUGCCCCCCCGGCCGCGCGCGCCGCACGCAGGCCACCCCGCCCCGCCCAAGCCCUUCUAGGCCCUGCGAGAGGACGCGGCGGCGGCGGCGGCCUUAUUUCUUUCUUCACACCGGUUCGACAGGGGUCGACAAGGUUGAGAAACGCGUCUUCCUCCCCCCCUCCCCCUCUUCCUCCUCAGCCACCUUCGGAGGAAGCCGUGGCGUCACUCAUGGGGAUGGGAUUUGACCGAGCCGCGGUGGUCCAGGCCUUGCAGCAGACGGGGAACGACUCUUACACCGCGGUGAAUAUAUUGGUGUCGAGGGGCGGCGGUCGAGGGUCCGCCCCGGGGUCCAACGACGCGUGGGGGGACGGAUCAGGGGCUACGACUUCAGCUUCCCCGGGUAGAGGAUCUGCGUAUUCGUCGGAGGCGCCGCACGAUCAUGCUAGCUAA